AUGACUGAAUAUCUUAUUAUUGAAGAGAUGUUCUCCGAUGACGGGGAUUCGGAAGCCCCAUCCUCGCGGAAACACCGAACGACGAAGCUCGGCGGUGCCACAUAUCAAUCAGUUUCUUUUUCAGUUUCCGAGUCUGAGGGAGAUUUUGGGGACGAGAAUGUGUGUCUCAUCAACAAAAAGAAACCGAUGAAAGGGGAAGAACGCGCUCCGCUUUUGCAUCGACCAGUUGGCGGUGGUGCACCUGGACCAUCGGAAAGUGCUGGUCGACUUUUCGAGGAUGCUCGAUUGGGCAGAAGUAGUUGUACGACUGAAGAAGAAGAGCCGGCGAAUGAAGAUCCGAUCGUUGCCGAUGAAUACGGGACGAUCAGUGGCGGUGAUGACUUCAGAUCGGCUAUCGAGGAGGCCAUUCGAGCGAUUCAUCACGGAGUUUUCCCCGAGCGAAUUGCUCAAGGCUCUUCGGGAAGCUAUUUUGUGAAAAACACGCAAGGGAAAAUCGUCGGUGUGUUCAAGCCGAAAAACGAGGAACCCUACGGGCAUUUGAAUCCGAAAUGGUUGAAAUGGUUGCAUAAAGUCUUCCUUCCCUGUUGCUUUGGUCGAAGUUGUUUGGUGCCUAACCAGCGAAAACGGGCGAAUCAUUUAAAAAUGAGAGCUUUGGUU